CAACGUUCAUUUUACUACUCCGAACUCAGUCGCUUUUGGCUUACAAAGCUGGUAGGUUGUGCGCGGUUGUCGUGUUUAGACCCUCGUGUGUCAAUUUGUGAAGUUCUUGUGUGACUCAGAUACGUUCACAGUGUAUUCACGAUGGGAUGUGGAACGAGUUUUGUGAAAUAUGUGCUAUUUUUCUUCAAUCUGGUGGUCGCGCUCCUCGGUCUGGCCGUGAUCGGCGUGGGCGUGGCGUUCCUGCUUAACUGGGCGCCGAUCAAGCAGGAGCUCCAGACGCACCUGACGGUGGCCCCAUGGGUGUUCAUCGUGAUCGGCGCCAUCAUGUUCGUGAUCGCCUUCUUCGGCUGCUGCGGCGCCAUCAGGGAGAGCCACUGCAUGGUCGUUACGUACGCGAUCUUCCUGCUCGUGAUAAUCAUCAUGCAAGUGAUCCUGGCGGUGCUGCUGUUCACGUACGGAGACAGCAUCAAGGACGGCCUGAAGAAGGGCAUCGACGGGCUCUGGAACAAGCGCCAGCACGACCCGGCUACCAACGAGGUCUUCAACAGCAUCCAGGCUCAGCUCAAGUGCUGCGGUAACGACGGCGCGUACAACUACGGAUCUGCCACUUUGGACAAGAGCUGCUGCGAUAUGGAAUCUUUCGCGGGACAGACUUUGGGCUGCACCAUCGCCAACGCCAACACCGGCUGCCGGGAGCGGAUCGCGGACCUGUACGAGAAGUGGAACAAGCCCAUUGCCGGCAUCGCCAUCGGUAUCGCCUGUAUUGAGGUGGUCGGAGCCCUCUUCUCGCUGUGUCUCGCCAACUCGAUACGAAACAUGGACAGAAGGUCUCACUACUAAUAUUUUGUACAUUUAAACUGGUAC